AUGGGAAACAUGACGCGUUGGUUAGAUGUCGAAGUGGGCACGGAUGACAUAGACCUUAUUACUUUGCCAUCGAACUUAGCCCUUGUGGAUUUGCAGAACGAUAACGAAUUUAAACUUGUUGUGGGAGAUCUUGGAAGAGGGGAGGAAGGACCUAAAUUGAAGGUUUUCAAAGGAGCAAUGCAGAUAUCGGACACAAUCCUUCCUGAUCUUCCAUUGGGAGUGGUUGGUUUCUCAAUCAAUGAGUCCAUGCCUCGGUCAGUUCCUCUGAUUGCUGUGGCUUACUCUUCCUGUGUGUACAUGUAUAGGAAUUUAAAAAUAUUCUAUAAGUACUACUUACCUUCGAGUGAGUUGAACAUGUGUGAAAUAGAAGUUUGGAAGCAGCUAACAAACCCUUCCAACCAUAACAUAGAAUCAUUACAAUCGCUAACAGACAGUCUCGGAGCCAUUCCUCACAAACUUUUAUCACCUCAGUCCCAAAACCUCCUUGAUUUGACACCUGACCAGCAGUUGGAGUACUUAGAAAACAUCACAGAUGUACCGAGUAAGAAGAACGCGGAGAUAGUCUGUAUAACUACGUUGAAACUGCAUUCUAUCGAACGAGAGAAGUCAGUAUGUAUCCUUAAACGCGACUGGCCGGAAGGUCGAGUAUUGUUCAACACGGAUGAGCACAUAAUCGCGGUAGAAGUGGUGACAGCUGACAACAGUGUUAUGGUCAUAUGCGCUGACAACACAUUGGCUUGUUAUAGUAAGAAGGGUAAAAAGCAGUGGUGUUUGACCCUCGAGCACCGUCCAGUGGCGAUGACUCUGGUUCCUGUCCUGCACCUGGGCGUGACGCUUACAGCUGUAGCUUUGGCAACAGGACAUGUGCACUUGUACGACGGCAAGGCGAGACGAGACACUAUAUUUGUAAGAGAUCUGGUUUCUGUUAUGAAGUUCGGGCAACUGGGACAAGAAGAACACGUGCUUAUCAUAGUAACGGGAGGUGGCAACUUAAUACUCAAGAUCUUAAAGCGCACAGCUGACUUCAGCGCACACGCUGCAGGCGUCCAGCUGUCUCCGCACGCCGCGGGGGGUCAGAGACCGUGGCUCAUUCCUAAGAAAUCGAAGCUGUUCUUGGAGCAGUCUGUGAGAGAGAGAGAAAAUGCUGUCACAAUGCACCAGACUUUCCAACACGAGCUGAACAGACUUCGAUUGUUAGCGGCGAAGACUUUGUUGGAGGCUCACGUUAAGUCCGACAACUCAAUAGGAAUCGGCCCCAUGGACUCUUUGAGACUCACGGCUGAGGUUGAAGGUUUGGGUCCAGUGUUCCGUGUGACGCUCAUCAUAGAAAACACAUCUAAGGAGAAGGCUGUUAUCGGCCUGGCCAUAUUGUUCCACGUACACACUAUCAACUAUAAAGUGUCCAAUCCGUAUAUUAAGGUGCCACUGCUCUCACCGGGCGGUAAACUAAAGUUCCCGACGAAAAUCGAAGAGGUAUUCGAUGAUCAAAUAAAUCCGGAUGUUCUAUUCCGUCCGGUAACCGGACAGGGUGGUGAAAGAUCACUAGUUAAAGUUCUACUUGUAAAGGAAGGUAAAACAACACCAAUACUCGCUGCAACAGUACAAAUGCCGCCCACAGAUCCUAUGAUGUUGCCAUUCGAUAAAAUGCAAGCGGCCGCUGGCCUUGAAUCAAACGAAGACUCCAACUGGUUUACCAAAACAUAA